AUGUCCACCCCCUCAUCCUCCACGCGAGGCCCGGGCCCAAGCCCGGGCUCCCAGAUCACCGCCUCAGUGGUCAAGUUUCGGUGCUUGUUCACGUAUGACCUGCGCCGCAAAUCAAAGCGGUGGCAAGAUGGGUACCUUAAAUAUCAUGCGUUCAAUAAGCGAGCCAUGGUGUACGACGAACAGGGCAACUACAUUGGUGAUCACCACUGGCGAUCGGCCGAAGAGGUACAGGAUGGCGAUGAGCUUGAACUCGAUAAGGGUGUGCUGAUAGAGGUGGGGGAGCGCAUGAGUACCACACAGACAGACUUGUCCAAUCUUUUCGAGAAAAGGAGAUCUAGUCAGACAUCGCCUCGAUCUAGAGAUAACAACCCAGGUUCCGACUCUCAACCGCCACGUUCGUCGACCUCAAUCUCCACGCCCACAUACACGCCUACGCCUGUUCGGUCCUCAGGCUCGUCGCAUCCCUUUCGCUCUUUGAAUGACCUACUCGGUAUCAGAAAAACACCCAUUGGACACCUUUUGUCGCCGUAUGAGGAACGGCAUGGACCUCCGCCACCGGCGCCGUCGCCGGCGCCGCCAGCACCAGAGCCCGAACGGCCAACCAAGCGAGCAAAGACAUCGACGGGAAAGACGACAAAUAGUGUUCCAUCCGAAGUGGUGGAUUUGACAGUUCCUGAAAAUGGACCCCUGCUUCAGUGUGCGCCAGCCCGGGAUAUACCACACCGAAAGGACUCGAGGCCGACAAUGCCACCACCGGAGAAACCCGUAGCUAUAGCAAGGCUACCAAGUACUUCAGUACCGACACCUAUUCAACCACCACCCACAAAGCCUGCAGUGAAUCAUGCCCUCGUCACGGACAGUGCGGUCCAGGGCAAACAUCCGGAGCGACCUGCGGCACGAAGCCAACAAAAAGACAAAUCGCCAGCUGUCCCAGAUGCUACCGUCGCGAAACCCGCUGCCCCACGUAUGACGAUCCAGAAACCCCGCAACAAAUUUAUGUACAGUACUCUGCAGCAACAGCCGUCUUCGGUGCCAUCGACGACACCCGCUGAGAAACAAAGACGUCAACCCAUUUCAAAACCUACAGAUUCCAAGUAA